CGACGGCCCCGGCCUCUAGAGAGCCGGGGCACUAGUGGUGAUCUCCGUUCGGGUUCCCGUCCCGGUCCCGCCGAGGCGGCGACUGCGGUGGAAGGAACGAGGUGGUAGACGCGCCCGCAACAUUAUCUCAACUCAAAAAUGAAUUAUAUGCCCGGCACCGCCAGCCUCAUCGAGGACAUCGACAAAAAGCACUUGGUCCUGCUUCGAGAUGGAAGAACACUUAUAGGCUUUUUAAGAAGCAUUGAUCAAUUUGCUAACUUAGUGCUACAUCAGACUGUGGAGCGUAUUCAUGUGGGCAAAAAAUACGGUGAUAUUCCUCGAGGGAUUUUUGUGGUCAGAGGAGAAAAUGUGGUCCUACUAGGAGAAAUAGACUUGGAAAAGGAAAGUGACACACCCCUCCAGCAAGUGUCUAUCGAGGAAAUCCUAGAAGAGCAAAGGGUGGAACAGCAGACCAAACUGGAAGCGGAGAAGCUGAAAGUCCAGGCUCUCAAGGAUAGAGGUCUCUCUGUUCCUCGAGCUGAUACUCUGGAUGAGUAUUGAGUCUUUUGCUCCUGGCACUUGUUCUUGGGGAGCAGAGGCUGUCACGGAAAUGAAAGUGGCAUCCUAGUAACCUCACACCUAUUUCACCAGGGACUGUGGAGUUUUGAAAAGUCAUUUAUAUUUUGAAUUCUUUCACAUAUGCAAUAUGAAGAAAUCAUGUGGCUUUUUUUUUUUUUAAUAACAAAUCAUUGUUUGAAGUAGCAUGGACUCCUUUCUCACUGUGGAGCCAGCAACUACUUCUUUAUAUUGCUUAUCCUCCUUUGUAGGGGGUAUUUUUCAUUUACCUGUAAAUAAAAUAUAAAUCUCAAAACUGUCAUGUGCUUCCCCAAAUUGGAGUUGCCUACCAGUGAAUAGAUAAAAUGACGGGUCUCCUCUCAUAGGUAUAAACAGUCUACACACUGGGAUUUCCUCCUCCUGUCACAAUUCUAAGUUGCUAGUUACUUAUGAAGGAUUAUUUUUACACUAAAUAUCCUGAAGGUCUUCUUCCUCCCCAUCCCCUUUUCAUGUUUGUAUCUGAUAAGAAAUGCAAAUUUUCAGGCUUGAAGGAGCUUUCAGGUAAGUUUUUCAAUAAUGGAUUAUAACAGAAUCCUAAUGUAUCUCUUUCACCAACAGCUAUUCCAAACUAAGUUCUCAUGACACCCAACAUUCUCCUAGGGUGGCUUUUUCUCUAAAUCUAAUGUUAAUUUAGUCAGAUUUUCUAGCCCUUUGGGUUGAGAUGAGCCUCUUGUGCUGUGAUUACUAAAAAGGAACACACAUAAAAUGGUGCUUUGAUGACUGAUACAUCCAAGUUAAUCUGGUUAUUGGCUGACAAUCUGUAAGAAAGACUUUUUGACUUAAUUGUUGAACAGCUACAGUUGUAUAGUGAGUAUGACAGACUGUACUUUAAGCAAGUAGUGUGGUUUAAAGGACAAUAGGCUGAACUAGGAGUUUAGGAGACAGGAUAAAAUUCUCACUUUUUUCUGUUAAGUAUAUUGGGCUUGAACAAGUAAGUCACCCUUAUUCUCAGUUUUUUUCAACUGUAGAAUUAUUGCCAGAUAUUUCUUUACAGACUGAUAAACUUUGGCAUUUGGUUUUUUUAUUUACAUCCAGUUCCUAUUUGUGAAUUAUUCUAUAGUAUUAAAGACACUAAACAUUUUAUGAGCUCAGGUGUUUUGUUGUCGUUGUUUAUAUAUUUGUUUUGUU